AUGACAGCACCAUUCUAAAGCUACUUCUUCACAAAUGAAAUCAAGUGUUAAAAGGUAUGCUAUCUUUUUAUUUUGAACCUGUUAGUCUUAAGCUUAGGAGCCUUUCCCACUGCAUUCAACGAUACCUCAAUCGCCUCUUUAAAAAUCAAGAUUAAUAACUUCCACCAAAAUAUUCAUGAAAUUACCAUCUGUGGGGAUCGAUUCAUAAGUUCACGGUGUCUUAAUGAUGAUGUCGCUGCCAAAUUUGGGACAAAAGUUGAAAUAUUCUCAGUUGAUAAGAAUGAUGAAGAUAGCGAUGGAAGGAGGAAUGAUACAAUGAUAAAUGCUGCCUCCGCAAAAGAUUCAAACUUGAUUGAGGAAGAAAACAAAAAGAUGUACACAGCAUUAUUGCAAAACCAGGUCCUUGGCAUCGAUAAUCCAUUCUUGCUCCACGAGAUCCACAACGCCGACGAGAACCAUACUAAGACCAAUCUCUACACUCAGCAGUAAAGGAUUACUCACCAUGAUGAGUAGCAUCAAAGCGAGAGUGAAACGAAAAGGAAUACCUUGUUGAGCGGAUGCGGAUUAUCUAAUGAUUCUUCACCAUUCAACUCAAAAUUUACUGUCCUCAAAUUUAACAACCCCCAAUUACAAUAAGGCAAAUUCAACAAUGGCCUAAUGAGUUAAGACAGCUUUACCAAUAGAGGCAUCUUCUCAAACGCCUCGAAUUACUCAUUUAGCCAAUCCUCAGAUAUUUUCUCGCAGGCAUCAUCAAAUUAUACAAAUAUGUCCGCGCUCUCAGAAAAUAUGAACCCCCUGAUUAGUAGCAGUGCAUUCAAGCAUAAUCCUAUCUGCGGCUUUGAUGAGGACUAAGUAAUUGUUCCAAAAAAGAGAUCCCGUAAGAUCCCCAAGAUACCUUUUAAAGUUCUAGAUGCACCUGCUCUUUAAGAUGACUUCUACUUAAAUCUUGUAGAUUGGUCUCCUUACAAUAACUUGGCAGUGGGAUUGUCAAAUUGUGUAUAUAUAUGGUCUGCCAGUAGCAGUAAAGUAACGAAGCUCUAUGACUUAGGUUAAAGAGAUUCUGUAACAUCAGUAUGUUGGUCCAAAAGAGGACAACAUUUAUCAGUAGGGACGAAUAGUGGAACGGUCCAAGUUUGGGACGUCCAAAAAUGUAAACUACUUAGAGUCCUCAAAGGCCAUGAAGGAAGAGUAGGUGCAUUAGCCUGGAGUUCCAGUGUUUUGAGUUCUGGUUCCAAAGAUAAAACUAUCUUAUAAAGAGACCUUCGUGAAAAAGAUGACUACUUCGCUAAUCUAAUGUACCAUAAAUAGGAAGUCUGUGGAUUAAAAUGGUCCUACGAUGAAUAACAACUUGCUUCAGGAGGUAACGAUAAUAAACUGAAUGUAUGGUCUCUUCACAAUCCAGUAGAACCUGCUGGAAAAUUCAGCAGUCACUUAGCAGCAGUAAAGGCCAUCUCAUGGUCACCCCAUUAACAUGGCUUGCUAGCAAGUGGUGGAGGAACAGCUGAUAGAUGCAUCAGAUUCUGGAACACAUAGUAAAUGCUUGAAAUAGAUACCAUAGAAACAGGUUCUUAAGUGUGCAAUCUCCUUUUUAGUAAAAACUGUAAUGAAAUAGUAUCAACACAUGGAUACUCAGAUAAUGCCAUCGUCGUAUGGAAAUAUCCAUCAAUGAAAAAAAUUGCAACUUUAACAGGCCACAGUUACAGAGUUCUUUAUCUGGCAAUGAGUCCAGAUGGAGAAAGCAUAGUAACAGGAGCGGGUGAUGAAACCCUCAGAUUUUGGAAAGUUUUCCCACCUAAUUAAACUAGUAGAGAUAGAGAAAUAUCUUUAAUAGAUCCGACAAGUUUCAACAUAAGAUGA